AUGAUCAAAUCGUUCCGCAGAAGCAAACGCCUGCUGAACUCGCUGUCGACGUCGUCGCCGAAACAUCUGAUUCUGCGGGUCUCGCUGUCGUCUCAUCCAGAGGCUGAUUUCGUGCAAAACUCGCCUACCAAGGUGAUCAAGGCGCUCUAUGACUACAGGCCUCAGGGCCCGAAAGAGCUUCUGUUCGAGAAGGGAGACUUCUUCCAUGUGGUUUCUGACGAAGCGCUGGAGUUGGAUCAGCACGGCUGGUACGAGGCCACCAACCCAAUGACGAAUCAAAGAGGUAUGGUGCCUAAACUGUACUUUGAGGUGUUCAACAGAAGCAUGCAUGCUCUGGCUAGGGGGAAUAGCAUUGACCAGCUGAAUCCGAUAUUUGCUAAGAUCCAGCAGCAGCAGCUGGUGCAGAAUCUCCAGCAGAACCUGAACCUGCUUCAGAAUAUCCAGCAGCAAACGAUCCAGAACCUCCAACAGCAAACCAGCGGCGGCGGCAGCGCCAGGGAAAACCGUACGUUAUACGCUGUGACGCUUUACGACUUCCGUGCUGAAAGAGAGGACGAGUUGGAUAUUGUGCCUGGCGAACAUUUGGUCAUUUGCGCUCAUCACGACUACGAGUGGUUUAUUGCUAAACCUAUCAACAGGUUGGGCGGGCCAGGGCUUGUUCCGGCUUCGUACGUGAAAAUUGUGGAUAAAUAUAAUCCUCUGGCCCAGAUGGAAUCGGCUGGCGACGAUAUGGUCUCGGUGAUUACCCAUUUCAGGAUUCCUACGGUUGAAGAGUGGAAAGAACUGACCGCCAUCUACCAGGCCAGCACCCACCCAUCUGGAAAGAUCUCGGGCACGAAUCCAUCGUCGCUGGUGCCAUCCCAGUUUUCUCAGAAUGAAGACGACUCUACGCGGUCUUCUUCAGCUUCGGCCUCGACGUUUAUCGUUGAAGCUUCUGUCGACUCCUACCACUUGGCAACGCUGGAGGAUAAUAGCCGUUACCAGUAUGUGGUUACCGCUCGUACGCUGACGGGUAAAACACGUCAGUUGUGCCGUUUUUAUGAGGAUUUCUAUAACAUGCAAGUGAAGAUCCUCGAGCUGUUCCCUUAUGAAGCUGGUAAAGUCGAAGGCCACAGGCGUACCAUUCCAGGUUUCCCUGGCCCUGUUAUCCAUGUCAGCGACAACAUCUCCCUGUUGAGACGUGAACGGUUCGACUACUAUCUCCGUAACUUGAUUGCCAUGCCUUCUCAUGUGUCUCGCUGCGACGAGGUAUUGGCGCUUUUUGAGGUGCAGAACAACGGCUUUGACAAAGAAUACGUCGAGAGGGGAGACCGCUUCUCAAAGCCUAUUAACCAACAGUCGGGCUACCAGCAGGAUAGACUAUCGCAAUAUCUGAACGUCCAGCCUCAUUCACGAAGCCGGAACUCCCACACCCCUUCGCUGGAUCUGAACAGCAACAACAGAGCACUGUCGCCAGGAGCCAACACUGCUCUUGCCCAACCAAUGCCCGAUACAAGCAAACAACCCAAGGUGAAGGUGAAGUUUUAUUAUGAGGAUGAUAUUUUCGUGUUGCUUUUGCCUGUGAACCUCCGGCUCCAAGACUUGAAGGCCAAGCUUGCGAAGCGUCUUGGCCUUGAAACUGGCUACGAGACUGAUCCUUCUAGUCUUGUAUUCCUUUUCUUGAAGACCGAGUAUGAUGAUUUCAUGGACACCAACCAGAUUGCCUCGGAAGUGUUGAGCGACGAGCAGAGGGCGCUCCUCUUCCAUAAGGAAAUCAGCGAGGACUCUAAGUUCCACGAGGUGCUCCAUGACAAAUGCAAGAUUGUGAUUUUGUCGGGUUAA